CUCGAGGAGGUCAGGAACGCUGCUUCUUGCCUCCCCGCAGCUCCAUCCCUUCCGAGGCGACACCCGCUCCCUGCAGCAGCCGACUGCGAGGUCUAGGGCUGUCCCCCGCUGCAAGUUGCCCAAUCCCAAAGCACACACCAGUUCACAAUGGCAGAAGACGCUGAUAUGCGCAAUGAGCUUGAAGAGAUGCAGAGGCGUGCCGACCAGCUGGCUGAUGAGUCACUGGAAAGCACCCGCCGAAUGCUUCAGUAUGUGGAAGGGAGCAAAGAUGCUGGAAUCAGGACCUUGGUUAUGUUGGAUGAGCAAGGAGAACAACUGGAACGCAUCGAGGAAGGGAUGGAGCAAAUCAAUAAGGACAUGAAAGAAGCAGAAAAGAAUUUGACGGACCUAGGAAAAUUCUGUGGUCUGUGUGUCUGUCCAUGUAACAAGCUUAAAUCAAGUGAUGCUUAUAAAAAAGCCUGGGGCAAUAACCAAGAUGGAGUUGUUGCAAGUCAGCCUGCUCGUGUUGUGGAUGAACGUGAACAGAUGGCCAUUAGUGGUGGCUUUGUCCGUAGAGUAACAAAUGAUGCUCGAGAAAACGAAAUGGAUGAGAACCUUGAACAAGUCAGUGGCAUUAUUGGAAACCUACGUCAUAUGGCUCUUGAUAUGGGUAACGAGAUUGACACACAAAAUCGCCAGAUCGACAGGAUCAUGGAGAAGGCCGACUCCAACAAAGCCAGGAUCGACGAGGCCAACACACGUGCCACAAAGAUGCUGGGCAGUGGCUAGAGAACAGGAACCUUUAUUUUAUGCUCCAUACUGUCCUGCUAGACAGUACUUUCAUGCUUUUAUCAUGGUAUUUACAUACUAGGUUUGCACACAUGCACAUAUCACCCUCCCUUCUACCCUAUUGUAAAUGUUGUCCUGUGUAGUAUGUCAGCUUUCCAAAAAUAUACUUGUAAUUAUGAUUUUUAUUUUAUUUUUUUCGAAGUAUAUUCCUUUCCAAAGGUUGUAUAUAGUGAUCUACGCUGGCUCACUAUAGCGUUUUAUUUAAUUAUUUUAGGUUGUAUCAUUUUUUUUUAUGAUGUUUGCUGAAUGACAACAGUGUAGGAAUGUUUAACGUGCUGUUCCUUACUCUAUACAGUAUUGUUCUUGUAAAUCUGUGACAUUCCACAGAGCUACUGCCUAUAUCCUUUUUUUGGUGUCAUGAUACUUAAAACUGUGGGACUGUCCUGGGUUCAAUGUUGCUUCCAUCUGUUAUAAUUUCAUGAUUAGAACGUGAAACUAUAUUACUAUAAUAAGCAUUGCACUAACAAGUGAUGUGAGUUAUGCAUUUAUGCAUGAAAAUAAAUAGACAUUUUAGAUGCCUACAUACAAGGACUUUUUCCCGUGGCAGUAGCACAUUCAAUAAAAGCAUGCUGAGUAUUUGGACACUGUUGGGACUAUGUUAUACCAGCAAGUUUGCAGUAGUGCCACUCUUCUGUCGAUAUAUUGUUCUAUUUAAUCAUGAUCAUGCUUUUUUAUUUAUUUCAAAAGGACAGACUUGGCACACAUAUCCAGCAAAAGAAAAUGUUGAUUUUUUUUUAGUUUGCUGGUGAUAUAUAAAAUACAAAAAAAAAAUAAUAAUAUAUAUAUACAUAUAAAGGUUGUAAUAUAGGGUUUGGGUACUGUUUAUGAGGAUCCUCUUUUGGAGGAAAUGACUACAGUCUAAAAUGGUACAAAGAUAUGUAAUUUUUAUAAGGCUGGGUCUCGUUAGCCACUUUUCCCCCCAAUGUGGACUUUCUUUUUUUCUUUCUUUUUAAGGUUUCGUUGCUUACCUAGAGCUAUGCACUCCAAAUCGCUGAGAUGUUUAAGUAGAUUUAAAUUAAGACAAUAAUCUAAAUGAAUGAACUCUAGAUAAACUGUGAUAUCAAAAUCAUUGCAGCAUGUACUAUGAAAUUCCUUCUGUCUCCUGUCAGUUUGUGACGUGA